AGGCAGAGAGAGAAACGCCUCUGUCCUCCUCCCCGCACUCGCCGGGCUCGCAGCGCGUUUUUGGACGAGAUUCCUGCUCCUCCUUGCGUUGCGAGCGCUUGUUUGGGAUCCCAAGCACGCAGCUGCUGCCUGGCUUAUUAUUGCACCCUCCGCUUCACUCAUCCCCCUUCUGUUUGGGACGGUUUCUUUUUCUGAGGAUCGACAACAGAUUCAAGGCACCGAGCAGCAAGUUGAGCACACCGACUAUAGGGGGGAAGAUACAGGUUUCCGCCGGCGUUCCGCUGCGUUAAAGAGCGCAGAGAAGGUUAUUCCCGACCGACUCCCCCCCUCUCUCUCUGCGCUGGAUCUGUACAUUUCCGCCUAUUUCUCUGCGACUGGUAAACACGGUCUAGGAUAUACAGCUGCCACUGCGAUGUGAUGCUCUGCGGGCUAAUUUCACUUUGACAAAGGAAAGUACACAGUAAGAGGCCUGUAUGGUGUCAGAGACGCUGGGCUGUGAGGGAACCAGCUCACCACACGGCCGUCGCUCGGCGGGAAGCAGCUCCACAUCCGCUUCCAGGUCAAACUCGGACGUCAUGUGGCUCAGAUGUCUGCUCUUCAUCUCUACUCUGCUUGCUCCCAUUGCCAUCGUCCAUGGCCGCGCCCCGAUCCCCAUGGCGGUGGUGCGACGGGAGCUGUCCUGCGAGUCCUACCCCAUCGAACUGCGCUGCCCCGGCACAGAUGUCAUCAUGAUCGAGAGCGCCAACUACGGCCGCACCGAUGACAAGAUCUGCGACUCGGACCCUGCCCAGAUGGAGAACACGCGCUGCUACCUGCCCGACGCCUACAAGAUCAUGUCUCUCAGAUGCAACAACCGUACCCAGUGUGCGGUAGUGGCAGGUCCUGACGUCUUCCCCGAUCCCUGCCCGGGCACAUACAAGUACCUGGAAGUCCAGUAUGAGUGCGUCCCUUACAAAGUAGAACAAAAAGUAUUUCUGUGCCCCGGCAUCCUACGGGGAGUAUACCAAAGUGAACAUCUCUUUGAGUCAGACCAUCAGUCUGGUGCAUGGUGCAAAGACCCUCUGCAGGCCUCUGACAAGAUCUACUACAUGCCCUGGACACCAUACCGCACGGACACAUUGACAGAGUACUCAUCAAAAGAGGACUUCAUCGCAGGCCGCCCCACCACCACAUACAAACUGCCCCAUCGGGUGGAUGGGACUGGCUUUGUCGUCUACGAUGGCGCGUUGUUCUUCAACAAAGAGCGCACUCGCAACAUUGUAAAGUUUGACCUACGCACACGCAUCAAAAGUGGCGAGGCAAUUAUUGCCAAUGCCAACUACCACGACACCUCACCGUACCGCUGGGGGGGCAAGUCCGACAUUGACCUUGGCGUGGAUGAGAAUGGGCUGUGGGUCAUCUAUGCAACAGAGCAGAAUAACGGGCGAAUCGUGGUGAGCCAGCUAAACCCCUACACGUUGCGCAUCGAAGGCUCAUGGGACACCAGCUACGACAAGCGCUCUGCCUCGAAUGCCUUCAUGAUCUGUGGAGUCCUGUAUGUGGUCAAGACUGUCUAUGAAGAUGACGACAACGAAGGGACAGGGAACAAGAUUGACUACAUGUACAACACCGACAAGAGCAAGGAAAGCAAGGUUAACAUACCUUUCCCCAAUUCCUAUCAGUACAUAGCUGCAGUGGAUUACAACCCAAGAGACAACCUGCUAUAUGUGUGGAAUAAUUACCAUGUGGUCAAGUACUCACUGGACUUUGGCAACAAUGACUACCGCCCGCCACCAAACCGAGGAGGAGGUGGAGGAGGAGGGGGAGGAGGAGGAGGACUGGGCCCGAUGGGUGGCGGAGGUUCCUCGUCCUCAUCCACCAGCCGUGCCACGACCACGCGUUCCCCUCCCUACUACACAACCCCGAGGCCCCUGCUCACCACCUUCCCCGGCCAACGGUAUCGGACCACCACCACCGUCCGCCAGCCCGUCUUGAUUCCCGCCGGAGGUUCGCCUUCUGACACCAAUCAGAUUCCAGAUACCAUUCAGAAAGGUGGCCGGUCCCCUCCGGUGCAAGUCCCGCCCGCUGCCCCGCAGCCCCCUGCCCUUCCACCGCAAGACUUCUGCAGUCCGAGGGUGACGGCUGACAUAUCGUGGCCCCGGACGCAGCAAGGCCAGACAGCCAAGCAGCCCUGCCCUGUAGGAACGCUGGGUGUUGCUACAUACGGAUGCGUGGCCCAUUUUGGCUACUGGGACCCCAAAGGCCCCGACCUCAGCAACUGCACGUCACCAUGGGUGAACCAAAUCAUGCAGAAACUCCGCUCGGGCGAGACGGCAGCGAUCGUGGCCAGGGACCUGGCAGACCAGACCAAAGGGGUGCUGCGGCCUGGCGACGUGCCGUCCACGGUGCGGGCCAUGGCCCAGCUGGUGGAGCUGCUGGACGUCCAGCUCCGGAACCUCACCCCCGGAGGCAAGGACAGCGCCGCCCGCAGCCUCACCAAGCUUCAGAAGAGAGAAAGGUCCUGCAGGUUUUUCACACAGGCCAUGGUGGAGACGGUAAAUAAUCUGCUGCAUCCGCGAGCCCAGGCGGCGUGGAGGGAGCUCCCCACCAGCGAGCAGCUGCACUCGGCCACUCUGCUCCUCGACACCGUGGAGACGGGGGCUUUCAUGUUGGCCGACAACCUCCUGAAGACCGACACCGUGCAGGAGACCACUGACUACAUCCAGCUGGAGGUGGCCAGACUGAGCACGGAUGGGAACCUUGCAGACCUGACAUUCCCUCAGUCUGAACAACAUGGAAACUCCAUCCAGCUGUCGGCUAGCACUCUCAAGCAGCACGGCAGAAACGGCGAGAUCAGGAUGGUGUUCGUGCUGUACAGGAACCUGGGCGCGUACCUGCCCACGGAGAACGCCAGCGUCAGACUGAGCGGCGAGGCGGUCUAUCCGAAUUACUCUGUCAUUGUCAACUCCCCGGUCAUCACGGCGUCCAUUAACAAGGAGAGCAAUAAGGUUUACCUGUCAGAGCCCGUGGUCUUCACUGUCAAACACCUGCAGCAUUCGGAAAAGAACUUCAAUCCCAACUGCUCUUUCUGGAGCUACUCCAAGCGCACCAUGACGGGAUUCUGGUCUACGCAGGACUGUCGUCUGCUCGCCACCAACCGCACACACACCAGCUGCUCCUGCACCCAUCUCACAAGCUUCGGGGUGCUCAUGGCCCACGUGGAGGUCAAGAAAACGGACAGCAUGCACGACGUGCUCCUGGACGUCAUCACCUGGGUGGGGAUCCUGUUGUCGCUGGUUUGCCUGCUCAUCUGCAUCUUCACCUUCUGCUUCUUCAGAGGGCUGCAGAGCGACCGCAACACCAUUCACAAAAACCUCUGCAUCAGCCUGUUCAUCGCAGAGUCGCUGUUUCUGGUCGGGAUCAACAAAGCUGAUCAGCCGAUUGUCUGCGCGGUGUUCGCGGCCUUGCUCCACUUCUUCUUUCUGGCAGCGUUCACCUGGAUGUUCCUGGAAGGGGUACAGCUCUACAUCAUGCUGGUGGAGGUGUUUGAGAGCGAACACUCCAGGACUAAGUACUUCUACAUGGCAGGAUAUGGAGUGCCUGCUGUCAUAGUGGCUGUCUCUGCUGCAGUGGACUACAGAAGCUACGGCACCGACCGAGUGUGUUGGCUGCGACUGGAUACGUACUUCAUUUGGAGCUUCAUAGGACCUGCUACCCUCAUCAUUAUGCUGAACGUAAUCUUCCUGGGUAUCGCCCUUUAUAAGAUGUUCCAUCAUACAGCCAUCCUCAAACCAGACUCUGGCUGUCUGGACAACAUCAAAUCUUGGGUGAUUGGUGCCAUCGCGCUGCUGUGUCUGCUGGGCCUGACCUGGGCUUUCGGACUGAUGUACAUCAACGAGAGCACCGUCAUCAUGGCCUACCUUUUCACCAUCUUCAACUCUCUGCAGGGCAUGUUCAUCUUCAUCUUCCACUGCAUCCUGCAGAAAAAGGUGCGGAAGGAGUACGGCAAAUGUCUGCGUACUCACUGCUGCAGCGGCAAGAGCGUGGAGACCUCUAUCUCUUCCUCCAGCAAGACCACCACCUCCCGGACCCCGGGCCGCUACUCCACGGGCUCACAGGUGAGCUUACCUGCCUGCACACCUGGACGCUACAGCACAGCAGACUCUCAGAGUCGCAUCAGACGGAUGUGGAACGACACUGUGAGGAAACAGGAGUCCUCCUUCAUCACUGGAGACCUCAACAGCUCCGCCACACUUAACAGAGGAGCCAUGGCUAAUCAUCUUAUAACUAAUGCUCUCCUUCGUCCCCAUGGUACUAACAAUCCUUAUAACACCCUCCUGGGGGACUCGGCAGUCUAUAACAACCCAGCCGCGGGCAUGUACAACACCCAAGCACCCUACCGAGACACAAAGGGCAUCCUGAACAACGCCAGAGACUCCAGCGUCAUGGAUACGCUCCCUCUCAAUGGCAACCAUCCAAACAACUACACCAUGGCCAGCAGCGAGUACCUGAGCGACUGCGUGCAGAUCCUGGAUCGCAGCGGCGGCUACGGUACCCACGGCAACCACAAAGAGACGACGCUGGAGAAGAAGAUCCUCAAGGAGCUGGCCUCCAAUUACAUGCCACCUUACCUCAACAACCACGAGAGAGCCACCACCGAGCGCAGUCACAACCUGAUGAACAAGCUGGUCAACAGCAGCAUGGCCAAUGGAGGGAGUCUGGCCGGAGGCAGCAGCAGCAGCAGCAGCAGCGGAGUUGGAGGGUGUGUGGGCAGCAGUAAAGAGGACAACAGUCCCAUGGUGCUGGACAAUCCCGUCUCCUUCCCCCAUGAGGAAAACCUGGGUUUGGAAAUUAUCAGAGAGGAGUCCAAUGCCCCUCUCCUGCCGCCACGGCCUCCUCCGCCAGACAGCCACCCGCCGCCGCCGCCUCCUCCCCACGGCUUCUCCCGGCAGCGGCGCAUCCCCCAGGAGCCCAGCGAGAGCUUCUUCCCCCUGUUGACCAGCGAACACACUGACGAGCACACGCAUUCGCCGAACCACAGAGACUCGCUCUACACAAGCAUGCCGGUGCUGACGGACCUCCCAGACGCGCAGAUAAAUGGUUUAACGGACGGAGAGGAAGACAGCUCCGGGGAGCUGCAGCCCUGCAAGAGUGCCACCGCUCCAGACCUGGAUGACGUCUAUUAUAAGAGCAUGCCAAACCUGGGCUCCAGGAAUCACCUCCACGAGCUGCAGAGCUACUACCACAUGGGCCGCGGGGGAAGCGAUGGAUACAUGGUGUCCGGAAGCAAGGAGGAGUCCGAUUCAUCUCCCGAAGAGCCACCUGUAGACCCCGCCCACCUGGUUACCAGUCUAUAGAGCCAAUUGAGACUUCUGUCCCCAAUGAGCCCAAUUCACAAUUUUAACGUUCCAAUGAAAACAUUCUGUGUUGUUGACUGACAGACAGAGCUGGCCCGUGCCUGGAUUGAUACACUAUGUGUGACGUUAGCAACGGUUCGUGAAAACUUGGUUGAGAUGCCACUGGUCGAAUGAGAAGGGGGGACUGAAUGUAUUGUGUUUAACGGUGCAGACUGGGAGGGCACUUCUCAAAGACAAUUUGUAGACAUCAAAAACUUCAGAAACGGAGACGCACUCAUGAAUUCGUGGAGUCUUGGACUGAUCUUAGCCCUGCGAGAUCCCCCACUAUGGACUUCUAGCAGAUCCCAGCAUCUGGUCUCUACAACCACCACUCCAGGGGCAACGGCCCUCAGCCCUGAGUAACAGAGCUGUCCAUCUGUCUGUUUGUCUGUCUCUCUGUCUAACUCUUAAAGACACCUAAAUGGAAGAUAUUUUCACCUCUCUGAAGGAUAGAGCAGGAUGUUAAACUGUCCCCAAAGAGGCACCACAUACCUGCCAAUCAGUGAAGGAUGUAUGAUAUCCACCCUCACUACUGAUCAUCCAGAAAACUCGAUCAUUCGGGCAACUGAACACCCAUAUCACGCCAACGUUUUGAACUUCUUUCCUGUUCGUAUCUGCUAAACUGGAAUCGUGUUUGGGCUGGUGUAACAUUCCUGCAAGUUGUAGUGACCUCGGCUACUGUGUAUUUCACUGAGAACAAAGACGGAAGAUCGUGUUACAUCUGACCGAGUUUAAAAAAGACAACGACAAAAAAAAACAAAGAAAAAAGUUUUCGUUUAUUCUCCUUUCUUCUGUAAAAGUUUUCAGUAAUCAGAGGAUUAUGAAGAAACACGACUUGUUUUUAUGUAUUGUACAGAAUACAGAUACAAAUACAAAUGUUGCAUAUGACUUAAGACUUUUAUUUUUGAAUUUUCAGUUGCAAACCUUUUGUGUGUGGGACUGUUUGAAAAUGUCACGAUAUGUCCUGGUCAUGUAGUGACCCUCGAAGGAACAAGGAGCAAUCUUUCAUGUCAUUUUUUCGUAAAUACAUAAAGCACCCCUUUAUUAAUAUGCAUAUACCCUUCGCACACAACUUUCUGAUUCUUUUAUACCAACGCCACUGACACAUUUGCAAAUCGGUUCUUACUAUAUAUUUUACCAC